CUAAUAGUAAAUUUUCACAGAUACUUGAGUGUGAAAAAAAAGGCAAACGAAUCCAAUCUACCGAGAGAGAGAGAGAGAGAGCGAGCGCCAGUGAGCGAGCACGCGAUUGCCGUUCUCUUUCGUUCCAAACAGCUGCUCGAUUUCUGGAUUCCUUCAACCUUUUUUCAAGCAUUAAUCCUUGCCAUGACAGAUAGAGAGAGCGCGAUGGCCGGUGCUACCUCUCUGGAGAUCUAGCAACCGUCUCUCUGGAGUUCCCCUUCCAAGACAGCGGCGCGGUCUGACACUUGUUCUCGCAGCAGUCUUUUCCGUUUAAGUCUCCGUCGUGGUUCCAUGCGCUGGCGGGUGAAUAAAGGAUCGUAUUGAAGUGUUAGUCAAAAUGGAGUGCAACAAAGAGGAGGCUAUCCGAGCCAAGAGCAUUGCUGAGAGCAAAAUGCAGAGCCAGGACUUUGAAGGGGGACUUAAGAUUGCUCUGAAGGCACAACGUCUCUUUCCAGACUUGGAGAGCAUCUCACAGAUCCUAACCGUAUGUGAGGUGCAUUGUGCUGCAGGGACCAAGAUCGGUGGAGAUAUAGACUGGUAUGCGGUUCUUCAAGUAGACAUAACAGCAGAUGAGUCAACUAUUAAGAAGCAAUACCGGAAGCUUGCUCUACUACUGCAUCCUGACAAGAACAAGCUUGCUGGUGCUGGAGAUGCAUUCCAGCUUGUGGGAGAGGCUUACAAGAUUUUGUCUGAUCCAGAAAAACGAUCCAAGCAUAACAUGACUAGGAGAGCUAAUUUCAGCAGAGUAUCACUUAAUCUGGCUUCUCAGCAUUUAUACAGACCUGUGAAGAAGCGGCCAGGACCUGGAGUUGAAGGGAUGGGAGCUAAAUCAAACUUGGCUCAUUCUAGCGGUUUGAACCACAACCAACCUUCUCCAUUCUUAGGUGCUGGGGCUUUUUGGACUAUGUGCCCUUCCUGUAGUGUAAGAUUUCAAUAUUUUCAAAAUGUAUUGAACAGGGAGGUUCGCUGCCAAAAAUGCUUUAAUAGAUAUGUUGCAUAUGAUUUGAAAACGCAAGGUGUAACUAGCACCGGAAAUUCAUUCAAAGUUGGAAAUACUGCUCCGUCUACUUGCCAGAAUAGUGAUUGUGUCGAUGCUUCAGCCAGGGAAUUUCAGAGAGCUAAGUCUGGUAAUUCAGCGUUCAAGCAAGGGUUUAAACCUGAACAUAGUCCUGAAUUUUUUGAUGAUUCUAAAAGCAAUGCAAGAGAUGGGAAGGUGGAUGACUAUUUGAACAAAUGCAACGACAUGAAAUUUCAAAAUGUGCAGCUUCAUUCAAUUCAUAAUAGAGAUCAAGAGGCAAAACCUCCAUCAAGUCAGAAAAGAAGUGGAAAUGAGGAUAGCCGAGCUCCAGAUCUGAGUGCUGAGAAAGCUUCUAAUCUUGUACGAAGAUCAAACAGACAUAAACAAAAGGUUGCUUGUAAUGAAGUUCAAGAUAUUGACAUUGACUCUUUGCCUUCUGCUUCCAAAAGGUCAAGGCAAGGGAAAAAACAGGCUAAUUUGGUGCAGAACAAUAAUGCAUUUUCUGGAGUGGUUGCUGAUGGAGAGAGAGAAGAAAAUGGAAAUAGACAUAUCCAUUCAGAUUUUAAUGCAAAUGCAGCCUCAACACGCAAGACCUCUAUUGAUCCAAAAAACCUUACAUAUCCUUAUCCAGAGUUUUGCGACUUUGAAAUUGAAAGAUGUGAAAAUAAGUUUGCAGUUGAUCAAAUCUGGGCUUUAUAUGAUAACAUAGAUGGGAUGCCCAGAUUCUAUGCUCGUGUUAGAAAGGUAUACAGCCGAGAGUUUAAGCUUCAGUUAAACUGGCUGGAAAAUGACCCCAGAAGUAUUGCUGAGAUGAAGUGGUCGGAGCAAGGUUUGCCUGUUGCUUGUGGAAACUUCAAACAUGGUAAAUCAUACCAUACCCAGGAGCGGCACAUCUUCUCUCAUCUUGUUUCAUGGAGAAAAGGGAUGAAGAGAAACUCAUAUGUGAUUUAUCCUAGAAGAGGGGAGAUUUGGGCUUUGUUUAGGAAUUGGGAUAUUAGAUGGAGCUCUGAGCCAGAUAAUCAUAGAGCUUAUAAAUACCAAAUCGUGGAAGCUGUUUCAGAUUUCUCAGAAGUAACUGGGAUCAGUGUUAUUCGUCUAACCAAGAUUAAAGAGUUCAUGGCUUUGUUUGUAAGAGAAUCCGAUGCUGAAGAAAGUUUACUUCAAAUACCAGCAAAAGAUCUACUUAUGUUUUCACACAGGAUUCCGGCAUGUAGAAUCAUUGGAAAGGAAGAAGAUGGCGUACCAGAGGGUGCAUUUGAACUUGAUUGUGCUUCUUUACCUACCAACUUCGAAAUGACCUUCCCUUCUAUUAGUCUUGAAAGUAAAACUAAAACACUGAAUGUCAGUGUGGUAUGCAACAAUGUCUCCUGUGAAAACAAAAUUCUAAAACCAUCAAUGGAGAAUGGGCUUGAAUCAAAUGAGCAAGCUGCCAUGGAGAAGCAGAGGUCAGGAACAAGAGGCUCUGCAUCGGAAAAAAUGAAUGGUGCAUCUGAUAAAUCCUCAGUAUCGCGGAAGGCAUUAGAAAGUGAAAGUAAGACUUUAAAAAAUGCGGUGAUUACUGAAGCAGAUAACAUUAGUUCUCAGAAUCCUGAUAUUGAGCAUCACAGUGUUCCCUCAAGCUUUCUUACUUUUGAACAUCCUAAAUCAGAAUUUUAUGAAUUUGAAAGUGAUAGAUUAAUGGAGAAGUUUGAAUGUGGUCAGGUGUGGGCUUUUUAUUGUGAAAUAGAUUACUUUCCUAGGUAUUAUGGCAGGAUAAGGAUGGUUGACCGGGAAAAAAAUCAAGUGCAUGUGACUUGGCUAUACAGUUAUCCUGCAUUAGAUGUAGAUGAUCACUGUUCUGAAGACAAGCCGCCUGCUGCUUGCGGGGCCUUUAGAGCAGCACAGGAGACAUACACAAUGGAUUCAGAAACCUUCUCUCAUCAGGUGAAGGCAAAACCAAUGGCGAAAAAGGACCAUUUUUACAUCUUUCCUGAUGUUGGUGAAAUUUGGGCAGUUUUCAGGAACUGGAAUGCCGAUUGGUCUGUUUCCGACCUCAAAAACAGUGAAUUCGAGGUUGUGGAAAUAUCAGGCUGUGAUGCUUCUGGAAUCAAAACUUUGGUGUUAACUAAGGUUGAUGGCUAUGUUAGUGUUUUCAGUCGUGAAAGUGAGGGCCUUGAUGCACUUAAGUUCAUUCCCAAUCAUGAGUGCUUGAGGUUCUCCCAUCAAAUCCCUGCAUUCCAGCUUAAAAAGGAAAUGGGCAGUGAUGGCUAUUGGGAGCUAGAUCCGGCUGCUGUGCCUGCCGUCUUUCUGACAUCCGAAUAAUGACAUAUUAUCUAUGGUUAGGGUUUAGCAUAUCCUCAACUGAAAUCUUUUGGUUUCAAGUUUAGCAUUCAUUUUCAUUGGAUUCUUUGUUAUUGCUGGACAACCUACCGACUCUUCUGUUUUGCCAUCUCAUUAUGUAAUUAAUAUAGAUGGAAGCUUUGUAUAUCACUAGAAUGAAUUAGUAGCAUCUUAAAUAUUCCUAUUUGAUUGGCUCUAUAUUUUGACAUAAA